GCGCUCAUACCAUGUUAUUUUCUCUAGCAGUAGUGGUGCUGGCGCCGAGCGUCGCUGCCUUCUACAUCAUGUGGCCGGCACAAGUUCUGCAGGGAACGAACCGCUCUGUUCAGUGGCAUGACGGUGUUCCACCAUAUGAGUUCGAUGUCGACAGCCUUUACCCAACGAAAAGGUUGUACACCUACGUUGGCGACAACUGGGUUGUGUAUUGGGUCAUAGAUGUUCUGCCAGGGACGGUCAUCCGGUACAGUGUCAUGGAUUCUGCUGGAGAACAGUCCAACAGCUCGGAGCUAACUGUUCAGCCCAACCCCAUUUUAACUACAGCCUCUUUGAUGUCAAUAAGUUCAUUGGCUUCUGUGUCUUCAGUCAGCGUAAUUUCCACCAGUUCUACUGGUACUCCAAUCUCCACCCACUCAAAUCCAUCAUCCACACUGUCUAAAACUUCCAACUCUCCAUCUCCGACACAAACAUCUUCGGGCGGGAGCAGUAAUACAAGAGUAAUAGCCGGAGGCGCUGUUGGGGGUGCCAUUGCUCUGUUACUCAUUGGCAUUGGGGCUUUCUUCUUGUUAAAGCAACGAAAAGAUUAUUCUGGAGGGAGGGACGACGCGUUUGAAGAGCCGUAUACUGUUUAUCCCAUUGGUUACGCCACCCAAAACGUUCCUUCGCCCGGCGGAAACCCACCACUGGACGCUAUUCUGCUACGGUUCCCGGAUAAUGCUGUGGGUCCUUCUGUCUUUCAAGCGACAACAGGUAGCAUGAUGACUGCACCCACCAACGAGGAUGAGGAGUAUUACAAACGUGUUGUGAAGGGUGGGGGAAGUGGAUACGUUGGGUUCAGCAAUACGAGGGAAUAUUCUUCGACACCUCCAGGAUCUGGCUGAAGCAUACAGUUUGCCGACUCCUUCGCUUGCUACCGUGGAUCUUCUCACCUCCCCAGUCCAUUCCCUUCAGACAUUCUCUAUCUCAGCAUUCUCAGCAUCUGGACUGCUGCUGGGCUGUGUUUUAGUAUUUAUUGCAUAAACUGUAUUCUCCAGUUGUGAUUUUGCGGUUUCUGGCGUUCACCUGACCAAGCGGAGGGGCCGACACCCCGUGUACCAAUGUGAUUAAUCGAUCAUGAUUCGUGGGUGAUAUGAUAGUGCAUACCGGGACCACACCUUGUGUUCGCCUGCACACCAUCUCGACAUCUGCUUCGUA